AAUAACCGUUUGCAUAUAAUUUUUUUAUGAAUUAACUAUAUAUAUAUAAGAGUUAACUAUAUGAAAGAGAGGCCUCACAGGCUUAAUUUCUGUAACAACAACCCCAUUCUAGUUUUGCAAAUCCCAUUGGCAAACAUGGUUGAUCUUGCCUAUGGCCUCGCUGGUAGUCUCUUGCAGAAAUUAGGCUCUCUAGUUUAUCAAGAGCUUCGCUUGGCAUGGGGUCUCCAGAGCGACCUGAAAAAGAUUGAACGCACUAUUUCCAUCAUUAAAAUCGUGCUCUUAGAUGCUGAAGACAGGCAAGCAAGCAAUCCCAAAUUGAGCAUCUGGCUUCGGCAGCUCAAAGAUAUCUUAUAUGAUGCAGAGGAUGUGGUGGAUGAAAUUGAGUACAAAGCUUUAAGGAAGCAAGCGAUUACAGCAUACGGAAGCACUAGUCCAAAGGUACGACAUUUCUUUUCUUCCUCUAUGGCACUUUCAUCCCGUUUACAACUGGCUUACAAAAUCAAGGACAUUAGAAAGAGGUUAGAUGAGAUUAAUACUAGUAAGGAUCAAUUUAAUCUCACUGAACAGCGUGAAGAGGUGCAUGUCAUGCCUCAGUGGAGGGAAAUGACUCAUUCCGGUGUUGAAUCAUCGGUCAUUGGUAGGCAUUUGGACAAAGAAAAAAUCAUAGAGGCUAUGAUGAAGGCCGAUGGAAAUGUUAAUGUAAUUUCCAUAGUGGGAUUAGGAGGUCUGGGGAAGACUACACUGGCCAAGUUGGUCUACAAUGAUGAAACCGUAGUUAGUCAUUUUCAAUUAAGAAUGUGGGUUUGUGUCUCUACGGAUUUUAGAGUUACAAGAUUGAUGGAAGAAAUCCUUAAAUCUGUUGGCCAUGGAGUUGAUAAGAAUUCAAGUAAUGUAGAUAUGAUGCAAAAAAGCUUGAGGGACUUUUUAAAGAAUAAAAGGUUUCUAUUGGUCCUAGACGAUGUUUGGAAUGAAAAUAGAAAUAAAUGGAUUGAAUUGACAGAUUUGCUUAACGGAGGGUCCCAUGGAAGUGUCGUUGUCGUAACGACACGUAUUCACAAUGUUUCUUCCAUUUCCGGGCCUGUUUACAUGCAUCCAUUAGAUGGUCUACCAAAAGAAGAAUGUUUGUCUUUAUUUGUGAAAUGUGCAUUCAAGGAAGGAGAAGACAAACGACAUCCAAACUUGGUAUCAAUUGCUGAUGAAAUAGUGGAAAAGUGUAAAGGGGUUCCAUUGGCCGUGAAGAGUUUAGGUGGUAUGCUUUAUUCAAAAGUUGAUGAAAGGGAGUGGAAUUUGGUUAGAGAUAACGAGAUUUGGGAAUUGGAAGAAAAGGAGGGGGACAUCUUACCUGCAUUACAAUUGAGUUAUAAUCAAAUGCCAAUUCAUCUGAAGCGAUGCCUUGCCUAUUGCGUUAAUUUUCCAAAGGAUCAUGAAUUUUUUAAUGUCGUUUUAAUUCAACAAUGGAUGGCGCAUGGAUUAAUCCUCCAAUUGCCCGUUAACAAAACACAAGAGUUAGAAGAUGUUGGAGACUUGUAUAUUAAGGAGUUAAUGUCAAGAUGUUUCUUUCAAGAUUUUGAAGAAUUUGGGUUGUAUUAUUUCUUCAAAAUGCAUGAUCUUGUCCAUGACCUUGUGCUCUCUAUUGCCCAUGAAGAGUGGUUGGAAAUAGACUCUGAAAACAAAGAAAUUGCUUCAACAGUUCGUCAUUUGUCAAUUUCAUACGAUGGCCCCCUACGAGUUUCAAAGUCUCCAAAUAAGUUAACUAGUGUGCGGACCAUCAUUUACCAAACCGAACCCCAUAUGUCCUCAGUUGAAGCAUGCAUCUCAAGAUUCAAGUCCUUGCGGCUCCUUGAUUUAAGUGAUUCAAAUUUUGAGAAUUUGCCAAGUUCCAUUGGUACUCAAAAGCAUUUGAGAUAUCUCAACUUAUCUGGUAAUGAAUCAAUCAAGAAGCUUCCUAAUUCCGUUUGUAAGCUACACAAUUUGCAAACCUUGAUACUUGAGGGAUGUGUUACUCUUGAACGACUGCCCAAAGAUAUACGGAACUUGAUCAACCUUAGGCUUAUUACAAUAACAACAAAAGAUACAUGCUUACUCGAGAAUGGAGCAUGUUGCUUUAAUUCUCUUCGGAUUUUAGUGGUUGUCGAAUGUCCAAGACUCGAAUGCCUAUUUCCACAGAUGGAUAGGUGCCUCACCAACCUUCGUGUAUUGGUUUUUACAAGAUGUGAAAGUUUGACCUAUUUGCUACCUAUUAUCAAGCACCUAACUGUUUUAGAGUCAUUGUAUAUUGUUGAUUGUAAAGAGAUGGAUUUGACGGGAGGAGGAAGAGGAGGAGAUGCACAGGAUCUCAAUUUGAAACUCCAAAUCUUGUGUAUAGAAAAGUUGCCAAAGUUGGAGGUUUUACCUGAAUGGCUCUUAGGAUCUGCAAACACUUUAAAGUACCUACAUAUCGAGGGGUGUGGAAAUCUCAAGGCCUUGCCGGAGUGGUUGCCAACUAUGAAAUCACUUCAGACAUUGGAGAUCAUUGAUUGCAAAGAGCUAUCAUCUUUACCCGAGGGAAUUCAUCAUAUGAAAACAUUAAGAAAAUUGAAAAUUGAAGAAUGUCGUAAACUCGUUACUCGUUCAGAAGACUGGUCCAACAUACCAGGGCUCGAAGUACUUGUUUCUGGAAACGCUGAAGAUGAUGAAGAAGAUCGAAGAACAGCUCUCGCCUAAUUCCAUGAGCGACGAGAAGUCCAAGCCAAUGCCAAACUGAACGUGCGAAAUAGCUUGGUUCGAAUUUAGAUACAUAUAUGUCUCUUCCUUAAAUUGCAUUUAAGAUAUGUAAAAUACAGAAAUAAAGACAUGCAGUGACGUGUGUGUAUAAAGUGUGUGCGAUAGUUAGUUGGAAUAUUGGUGGAUAUAUGUAUUUAAUGGCUUCCGUACCUAUAUAUGUUAUUAUUGCUCUA